CACGGCCCCUGUUCAAAAAAGAUGUGUCCAACAACAUGUAGAUUUACUGUUGUUUUUGGUGCAUUUCGCAUUUUUAUUAUAAUAAAAACACCGGGUCGUCUAAGGGAACUACACGUCCCAUAGCUCUACACUAUUACUUCGGCUCGGGGCUUCCCCUUCCUUGUACCAAGCGCAAGCGCAAUUCAAAGAGGAAUGCGGACCUCGAAGCUCACAGAACAGUAAUAAAGAAGGCAGGCAGAGAAGCCUUAAAAAGGAGAUAUGUCGAAAGCUCAAAUACAGGCAAAUUCCUCCUCGGGGGCUACAGCCACCGCUGGACCUUCUUCUUCUUCCUCUUCCUCGUCGGCAGGCGGCUCGACGUCUCCCGCUAACGUACUGCACGUACAGCCCGAAAAACCGCAGCACUACACGUACCUGAAGGAGUUCCGCACCGAGCAGUGUCCUCUUUUUGUACAGCACAAGUGCACACAGCACCGCCCCUUUGCCUGUUUCCACUGGCAUUUCCUGAACCAGCGCCGUCGGCGACCUGUCAGGCGUCGCGACGGCACCUUCAACUACAGCCCAGACGUGUACUGCACCAAAUACGACGAGGGAACAGGCACCUGCCCGGACGGAGACGAAUGCCCUUUCUUGCACCGGACCGCAGGGGACACUGAACGGCGGUAUCACCUCCGCUACUACAAAACGGGCUCCUGCAUCCACGAGACCGACGGCAAGGGGCACUGCAGCAAGAACGGGCCGCACUGCGCCUUCGCCCACGGGUCCCACGACCUGCGCUGCCCUGUCUAUGACAUCAGGGAGGUGCAGGUGAUGGAGGCCCAGGCUGGCCCGGGGGCUGCGGAGGGGGGCGGUGGGGAGGGGCAGUCCGGACUCGCGGCCAGCACCGCGCUCAUCGAGAAGAUCCUGAGCGAGGAGCCGCGCUGGCAAGAUAACAGCUACGUGCUGUCCCACUAUAAGACCGAGCUGUGCAAAAAGCCGCCACGUCUCUGUCGUCAAGGUUACGCCUGUCCCUAUUACCACAAUAGCAAGGACCGCCGGCGCAGCCCUCACAAGCACAAGUACAGAGCACUGCCCUGUCCUGCGGUGAAGCACAGCGACGAGUGGGGUGACCCCAGCAAGUGUGAGAGCGGGGAGGGCUGCCAGUACUGCCACACCCGCACUGAGCAGCAGUUCCACCCAGAGAUCUACCAGUCCACAAAGUGCAAUGACAUGCAGCAGAGUGGCAGCUGUCCCAGGGGCCCCUUCUGCGCCUUUGCUCAUCUGGACCAGUCUAGCAUUAGCGACGACCUCCAGCAGCCGUUCCCAAACCCCAGCUCGCCCCUCCCCUCGGGGUCCAUGGCAGAUGAGUCAGGGCAGAGAAGUCCCAGCAGCCCCCACGGCCGCUUUGGGGGCGCGUCCUUCACCCCUUCCAGCGGUGUGUGCAUAGCAGAGCAAGGACUGCUGGGAAGGGUACUGUGUGAGGAGUCCUCCAGUUUAGAUGCCUCCCUGUCACCCUGGGCAGGAGAAGGGGGCUAUGGGCGUGCUCCAGGGUUCGAGAGAGAAGACCAGGCAAAACUGAAGACGCUGUCUAUGGAACAACGCAGCCGGGACAUGGCUCAGAUGCACAGCAAGCAGGAUCUGCUGGUCUUCCUCCCAGUGGGCAGUCCCCUCAGCAUGUCCUCCAGCGUGCCCUCCAGCCUGGCUGCCACGCCUCCUAGCCCCGCCCCUCCUGGCCCCUCCCCAGGCAUGAACGCCAAUGCGCUGCCCUUCUACCCUACCAGCGACACUGUGGAGUCUGUCGUGGAGUCUGCCCUGGAUGACUUGGAUCUGAAUGACUUUGGUGUGUCUGCUCUGGAGAAGAGCCUUGACAGCAGCACUGGAGUGUCCAGUGUUGGGGUCAUGUUGGGGGGGAGCCAGCUACAAAGCUCAGCGCCGGUCAACAUUCCCGGCUCGUUCAGCAGUUCCGGGCCAUUCCGCUCGCCCUCACCAUCCCCACCAAUCAGAGCUCUUCCUUCCCCCUUCCUCUCUGCUCACCUGCCACAGUCCAGCCAAUCAGAGGGCAGCUUUCUGGGGCCGUCACACAGCUCACUGGGCCUGAACGGGAUGAGCAGCAGCAUCUGGGAGCACUUCCCCCCGGGGCAGGGCUCUCCCGGCACGCCCCCCGCCCUGCUCUCCUCGGGACUGUGCGUGGAGACGGCCCGGCUCAAGCAGGAGGUGGAGGAGGCCCACAGGGUGCUGAAGCACUGGGACCACAGCUGGAGGCAGAUGGCCCAGUCGUGGGCGGUGCUGAAGGCCGAUGCCGAGGAGUCGCGGGUGCUGGCGGGCCGGUUGGCCGUGGAGGCGGAGCGGGCGCGGCAGGCGGAGGAGGACGCGCAGCGGCAGGCCACCCUGCUGGAGGAGGCGCUGGAGAGUCUACGGUCGGGGGAGAACCCCCACCUCUCCCUCCACCACCUGCAGCUGCUGCACCGCCUGCCACUGGAGGCCAUCUGCAGUCUGCAGGCCCAGCUCUGCACCUGCCUGCACACGGUGGAGCAGGCAGUAUUCAGGAAGCAGAGACUGUGCUGUCUGGUGUGUGGUGAGCAGGGCUCGGUGUCCCUACCGUGUCAACAUGGGCUCCUAUGUGAGGGCUGUGCCGGUUCCUCAGAGUGUCCCCUGUGCACAGAGCACCAACAGACCCUGGGCCUGCCCUCCUGACUCCGCCCCUGCCGGGCCACCUGUCCCACUGGAGCCAAGCUCCGCCUCCACUGCCGUCCUUAGAGGAAGCCUGCCCCGCCCCAGUGCCAGCAAAACCGCACUCUGCCCCACUUCACCUCCAGUGGAGUCCAGCCUUCCCCCAUUUCUCAAAAAAGAAAUGUUUAACAGAAAAUACCCUUGUCUCCUUCUAUGUUCUACUUACCUUUCAAUUUUUCACUUUUUGUUGGUCCUGGCACAAGAUUGUAAAAAGAAACUGACAAAAUCAGUAAUAGUGCUAAAGAAAAGUACAAUGAUAGCAAGUAUACAGAUCUCCCAGUAGAACUGGUUGUUUUAAACCAUCUCAGGUUUAUCAGUUUGUUUCAUUACCUAUGUAUGCCAAUAGGACAAUGGGAACAUGGCAACAAAGAAAGCAGACCUAGAAUAUUCAAUCAUUGUGUAUAUUUUUCAUUUAAAAUGAAGGUUUCUUUAACUAUUCACACCGAACUGUAUUCUCAAACAGACAUUUUCUGUUUUUUAAUAAUGUUUUUGGACUUGCAGACAUAAAACAUUGUAAUUAUUUUGGUAUUCAGUAUCUUCAGUUGUCGAAUAUUGUUAAAUGAUUUAAUAUCUUUCCACUACAGAGAGGUAAGAGCCUCUUGCAGAAAGCAGUGGCUAGCUUGUGUGAGCUGCAGUGUUUUCGGGCAGGUUCCAGGGUGCAGGGGGAGGGGUUUGCCUUGGUCCUUGGUGCAACACUGUGGGUGCAGUCACCACCACCUGCUCUGGAAUUAUUGAACAAAAAGCAUUUCUUUUUUUGUUUUUGUAUUGGAAAAUAAACAAAUGUAUAUUUUUGGA